UUACAGAGACGGAGAACUACCGCAGGAGUUUGGAGAAGUUUUCCUGCUGUUGCGUUGGCAGUUUCACUGUAAAGAUGCUUCCCGGAGUGCUCACCGUGUUCCUGACUUUACUCAGCCUCACUGAGAGCAAACAGAAAGAUUUUUAUACUUUUAAAGUGGUGAACAGCAGAGGGAAGUUAGUGUCCCUGGAAAAAUACCGGGGUUCGGUGUCACUGGUAGUGAAUGUGGCCAGUGAAUGUGGCUUCACUGAAGAACACUACAAAGACCUGCAGCAGCUCCAGCGGGAUUUUGGGCCAUAUCACUUCAAUGUGCUGGCCUUUCCCUGCAACCAGUUUGGGCAGCAGGAGCCCGGCAGCGACAAGGAGAUCGACAGCUUUGUGCGCAGAGUAUAUGGAGUCUCCUUCCCUCUGUUCAGUAAAAUCGCAGUCGUUGGAACUGGAGCCAACAAUGUCUACAAGUACCUUGUUGAAUUUUCUGGAAAGGAGCCUGACUGGAAUUUCUGGAAGUAUCUUAUUGAUGUAAAUGGCCAAGUGGUGGACGCAUGGGGACCGAAAGUUUCUGUCAAAGAAAUCCGACCAAAAAUAGCUGAAAUGGUGCGGCAGAUAAUCUUAAAGAAGAAAGAGGAGCUUUAACCCCUGGUUUCAAGACCAUUCACUACACAGUGUUCUGCAGUUUAAGAGUCAGAUUCAUUGGUACAUGAACCAAAGGGAUAAAACUAAAGAAAUUUAUGUUGCUUGUACAAUCUCACCAUUCAAUUCAUUUCACAUAGUGAAAGCAAAUUCGACUUGCUUUCUGGAAGCACUGAUUAAACACCACUAUGUUUUUAAAGUCAAUGUCAGGUUUUGUAUCAAGUGUAUGGCACUUGAAGCCACAGUUUUAUGCCAAAGAACUCUUGUUUCCUUGUUUGUUAGUCAUGUGGAUUAUGUGUUCUUUCUGAUUUGUGGAAUAAACCUUUACUG